UAUAAAUAGUCUAGCGCGUGUGACCCGGGGCCCGCGGGGAACGGGGGAGGUGCUUCCGCCCCGAUGACCCCGAUACCGCAGAUGAAGGGGGCUGGAGGGGGUGGGAUGUGACGACGACAGUGAUGAUGAUGAUGAAGGUGAUGAUGACUCGCGGCGUUUACAGACCAGGGAAGACUGAGGGAGAGAGAGAGCCUCUGUUCCUUCUCUGAGCCCCAUCUACUGCUGUCCUGAGCCCUAUCUUGCCUCCAAGCCCUCUUCUCCCGUGAGACCACCUGCCUCUCAGUUUCCCCUUCCAUGGUCCCCUCCCCCCACCAUGAGCAUCCUCCUGUUCUCAAAGCCUUUCUUCCCCACACCCUUCCCUUCAAGUCCCCUAACCUUAGCCUCCUCUCUCACCUGAGUUCCAUCCCCUCAUGACCUCCACUGAGUCCCCGUCCCCACUGUGAGCCUCUCCCCCUUCUUAAGUUCCAUCUCCCCAACAAUCCCCCUCCAGUCUGCCUCCCAACCCUAAGCUCCAUUCCCUCGUUCCCCUCCCCCCCGAACUCCCACCCCCUCAGUCUUCCAUCCCCUCUCAUGCCCCCUCCAUGGUGCACAAACAUAAAUGUCCUCCCCCAACUCUCUGACGAGGGCUGAGGGCUUGAGCCCUGGCCUUAGCUCUCAAAGAUUUGUGGCUGCCUGCAUCCCACAGAGCUGAUACCCACCAGAGAAGCUGAGGCAGCAGGUGGUCAGGGGCUGAACUGGGAGGCAGAGGCUGUUGUGUGGGGAGGAGGGGAGGAAGGAGGGGGCCAACAGAGACAGGAGCAGAGAGAGAUGGAGAGAAAGGGACAGAGAGACAGGAAGAUGAGGGAGAAGGGGAGGAAGAGAGACAGAGAACAGGGAGAAGGGGGAAGAAACAGGGUGAGACCCCCAGAGAUUAAAGGACAAACCUAGGACUACUGGCCCUCCAGCUGAGCCAGGGCCUUAUUUGUUAAAUGAUGCCCAGAGUGAAGAGCAGCUGCAAGAUGGGGUCCAGGCCAGGCCAGACCCAGUCAUGCCUCAUCUGACCUGAAGUGGGGGUCCAGCACCUCUUCCUCCCCUCAGGACCCUUCACUUUCCUCCCCUAACUCUCCCUGGUUUGCCCUCCCUAGUGGAAUCUGUGUGUCUCUCUCUCUUUCAUCUCUCUGUCUUUCUCUGACUCAGUGUCUCUGACUCUCAUUUCCUGUUAUUCUCUCUCUUUUUCCUUUCUCUCCCUGUAUCUCACCCUCCCUCCCCCUGCCUCCCCUCUCCCUACCCCUUCAAAUUGUCAGGUCUGCAACCUGGCCCUCCCCUAGAAAUGGCCUGGGGCUCCUGCUGGGCACAUCCUGGGGCUGGAAAGGGGGAGGCUGGGGCAGACAAUGAUUCUCAGCCCCCCACACACAGACACACUCCAAGGCCAGAGGACCCCCAGACCCUGAGGGGCUGGGUGGGUGAGCUUCCCAUGGGUUGUGUGGGGCUGAGAGUGGGCAAGAGGAUCAUGAGGGGUGUGGGUGGGUGUGCUCUCAUGUGCCUAGAGUGGGAAGGUGAGGAAGACAGGCCAUGGUGAGUGAUUUGGGGUGUCAGAGAAAGACAAAGAGAGAGAGAAAGAUACUGGGAAAGGUAGAGGGAGAGAAAGAGAAAGCCAGAUCCAGAAGAGACAGAGCAAGUCAGAGAGAGAAUGAGACAGAGGUGGGGGCUCAGAGAGGGAAAUUAACUUGCCCAGGGUCACACAGCAUCAGGAUUUAAAUCUGGCUCCACUUGGCUCCAUGCUGAAUCAGUGCUCAGCUUUCCCAAACUCCUGCCAAAGGCUCCAUCCAGACCCACCUCCCACACCCAAGCCCAAGUGGGCAGCCUUGUGGUGGGCAGGAUGCCUAAUUCAUUUUCAUAUAAAAUCUGGGUUUUGGGGUUUUUUUUUUUUUUGCGGGGGCACUGGCAUAGGAAGAAGCUCUGUAGCUCUGGGGAGCUCACUGAUGCCUCUGGACCACCAUCUCUCUGUCUGUCUGCAAGGGAAACAAACAGUCUUUACUGACAUGUGUUUGGAGCUGCCCCACGUCUCCCAGCUUGGUGGGAAUUCUCUCUUCACUGACUCCAUUCAAGGGCUUUUGUGAGACAGAAGUUCAAGUGAUGGGGACAGAGAUAUGAACCAGAGGUGGGAGGCUACUUUGACGUUUGCAUGGGAAAAGGCUGAACUUGACUCUCAGAAGAGAAGAAAGAGCAGGCACCAAAUUCCCUUUCCAGGAAUCUAGCCUUCGACUUCUUGCACACACCUUGAAAGAUAUACUGAAAAACAUGAAGGUUCAGAACAGAGGGUGCAGAAGGCUGGGAUUUAUGUGGGAAAUGAAAUAAUGUGCAUGAGCUCACGAUUGUAGAUGCACGGAUCUCUCCAGAAGGACUCAUGAGGAACGGGUGACCUUGCUUGCUCUGGGAGGGAGAGUGAGGGCUGGGGUAGAAAGAGCCUUACUUUCAUUACUCUUUUGUAUAUUUUAGAUUUUGUAAAAUGGGCAUAGGAGUCCCUGGGUGGUGUAAAUGGUUAACACAGUAGGCUUCUAACUGGAAAGCUGGUGGUUCGAGUCCACGCAGAGACACCUCAGAAGAAGGCUUGGUGAUCUACUUCCAAAAAUCCAACCACUGAAAACCCUAUGGAGGGACUUCUAAGUCAAUUGGCAAAAUAAUUCUAUUAUGAAAACAUUCUGCAUCCCACUUUAAAACGUGGCGUCUGGGGUCUUAAAUGCUAACAAGCGGCCAUCUAAGAUGCAUCAAUUGGUCUCAACCCACCUGGAUCAAAGGAGAAUGAAGAACACCAAGGUCACACGAUAACUAUGAGCCCAAGAGACAGAAAGGGCCCCAUGAACCAGAGACUUACAUCAUCCUGAGACCAGAAGAAAUAGAUGGUGCCCGGUCACAACCCAUGACUGCCCUGACAGGGAGCACAACAGAGAACCCCUGAGGGAGCAGGAGAACAGUGGGAUGCAGACCCCAAAUUCUCAUAAAAAGACCAGACUUAAUGGUCUGACUGAGACUAGAGGAAUCCCAGCGGUCACGGUCCCCAAACCUUCUGUUGCCCAGGACAGGAACCAUUCCCGAAGACAACUCAUCAGACAUGGAAGGGACUGGACAAUGGGUAGGAGAGAGAUGCUGAUGAAGAGUGAGCUACUUGUAUCAGGUGGACACUUGAGAGUGUGUUGGCAUCUCCUGUCUGGAGGGGAGAUGGGAGGGUAGAGAGGGUUAGAAACUGGCAAAAUUGUCACGAAAGGAGAGACUGAAAGGGCUGACUCAUUAGAGGGAGAGUAAGUGGGAGUAUGGAGUAAGGUGUAUAUAAGCUUAUAUGUGACAGACUGACUUGAUUUGUAAACGUUCACUUAAAGCUCAAUAAAAAUUAUUAAAAAAAAAAAAAACCCUAUGGAGCACAGUUCUGCUCUGACACAAAUGGGAUUGCCAGGAGUCUGGUUCUACUCAACGGCAAUUGGUUUGGUUUUUGGUUUUCAAGUGGGCAUGGUUUGCUUACACAAACAGAAAAUUAAUUUGCAAAGGAAAGAGGCAGCAGGAAAAAGAGGUGAGCAAGAGAAGGGUGGCAUAGGCGUGGUUUGGGGGCAGGUUUUGGGUGGGGGUGGAGAAUGAGUGGUGGGAAGAGAUGUUGGGGGAAGCCUCAGGGUUUCAGGAUUUUGAAAGUGAAAAUUAGUAUCUUGUGGGAAAACCCAUAUUUCAAAGAUUGGAAUUGCUUUUAAUCCCUUGGGGCUGUGGGAUCUUGUGCAAUAUGAAGGCACUGGACAGCAUGGAGCCCUGCAUAUAUUCAGAUUACACGUUCCGCAGGCAAGUGGGGCCAGACGAUCUCUCAUAGCCUUCCAGCUCCACUAAGAUGUCUCCAUGUGCACUGGAGUCAGCUCUCUGGACUGUUGUGUCCCACCUCACCCAGCCCCCUUUUGAGCCUGGGACCCCAAACCCUGGGAUUAUUUGGAAGAAGGACAGACUGAGCUGAACAACUGGAGGAGAGGCCUCUCUGGUCUCAUAGGGCCACGGAGCCAUCUCUUCCACCCCACUUCUCCUCCUCCUUAACUCUUCUCCCUUUCUGGCAAUCUUGGAGGACUUCCUGUGAAAAACAUCUCAUGUCACCUGCUCCAACUCCUCCUUUUGAAUCUCAUUCAGUUGCAGGUGGAGGCGCAGCUGGGCAGGGGGCUUUGGAGGAAUUUUAUAGAAAUGGGGAGGGCAGGAGAGGGGUGAGGGUGGCUCUAAGCCUCCAAAUUUCCUUCCACCUGUAGAUCUGCCUGUGCUAAACUGUCUGAUGACUUCUCUCUCUCUCUCUCCCUCUCAUCCCUGCCUCCCUCCUCUCCUUAACUCUCCUUUUCUUGUCUCUGUCUCUGUUUCUGAAUUGGUCUCUUUCUUUAUCUCGGUUUCUCUCUUUCUCAUCUCUCUAUUUCUUUCUCUGUUUUAUCUGUUUGUCUCUUUCGUGAGUUCUCUCUCUUUACCUCUCUCUUCUGUUUCUUUCUCUUGGUAUCUCUCCCCUCUCCAUGUCUCUUGUUAUGUCUCUCUUGUGGUAUGUCUCUCUAUAUUUCUCUCUCUUCUCCCCACCUCUCUCCCCCUCCCCCCUUUCCCUUCCUUACCUCUGUCUCUCUCCACUCUCUCUCUCUCACAUUAUGUCUCUAUUUUGGUGUGUUUCUCUAUAUCUCACUGCAUCUUUAUCUCUCUCUGUUCUCCACCUCUCUUCCCCCUCUCCCUUCCCUAUCUCUGUCUCUUUCCACAGUCAAAAAAGCCCAGUUUGAUGGUGCCCAAGGUAAGUAACCUUUCUUGCUGCCCUGUCCUGUGCUGUCUGUCCGUCUCUUGAAGAAACUGAAGAGGGGGUCUGAGCUAGUGAAAGAGGACUUGGUGUUUAUGACUGCUGAACAUCAGAGGGGGGCUUGAAGGGUUAAACAGGGAGGGGCAGAUCAAGACCUGGGUUUCGCUCCCCCCACCCCCCACCCCUAGAGUGUGGGAACUUCCCCAGGCUCCCAUCAGGAGACCCCUGAGCCCAUAGCCCUUCCCAGGAUUCUGAGAGGCAGGGAAGGUACUCAUCCACGUGGCUACAAAUGGGAAAAGUGGGGCCGAGAUUGGUCAAUUUUGCCCCCUCCCCCUUUCUGGGACCUCAGUUUUCCAGAUGAAAACCAAGGCGAUUGGACAAUGGCAUUUCCAAACAACAGAAUUAAGCACCCUACAAUUCUACUUUCCUGGAACGGGGCCCCUUCGUUGUGCUUGGGGGCUCUGAGUGGGAAUGGGGGAUGACCUGGGGGUGGCGGUACAGAGCUGCACUGUUAUGGCAGAAGGAGGUGCCCUGAGCCCACGGAGCAUGGGAGACCUGAUGGGGUUGUGUGGAGGCUGGGAAGGGGCAUCGGAGGAUCGCUGAGCUCCAUGCUAUCUCUGACCAUCACAUGCUGUCUUGCCAUCACAGAGAAGUUCAACACGUACGUGACCUUGAAGGUGCAGAACGUCAAGAGCACGACCAUUGCUGUCCGGGGCAGCCAGCCCAGUUGGGAACAGGACUUCAUGUUCGAAAUUAACCGCCUGGACUUGGGGCUGACUGUGGAGGUGUGGAACAAAGGGCUCAUCUGGGACACGAUGGUGGGCACCGUGUGGAUCCCACUGCGGACCAUCCGCCAGUCCAAUGAGGAGGGCCCUGGAGAGUGGCUGACACUGGACUCCCAGGUCAUCAUGGCGGACAAUGAGAUCUGUGGCACCAAAGACCCCACCUUCCACCGCAUUCUCCUCGACACCCGAUUCGAACUGCCUUUAGACAUUCCUGAGGAGGAGGCCCGCUACUGGGCCAAGAAGCUGGAGCAGCUGAAUGCUAUGCGGGACCAGGAUGAGUACUCCUUUCAAGAUGAGCAAGAGAAGCCUCUUCCUGUCCCCAGCAACCAGUGUUGCAACUGGAAUUAUUUUGGCUGGGGUGAGCAGCAGAACGAUGACCCUGACAGUGCGGUGGACGAUCGUGACAGCGACUACCGCAGUGAGACCAGCAAUAGCAUCCCACCACCCUAUUACACCACGUCACAGCCCAAUGCCUCCGUCCACCAGUACUCUGUCCGCCCACCACCCCUGGGCUCCCGGGAAUCCUACAGUGACUCCAUGCACAGUUAUGAAGAGUUCUCUGAGCCACGGGCCCUCAGCCCCACAGGCAGCAGCCGCUAUGCCUCCUCAGGAGAGCUGAGCCAGGGCAGCUCUCAGCUCAGCGAGGACUUUGACCCAGAUGAGCAGAGCCUGCAAGGCUCUGAGCUGGAGGACGAGAGGGACCGGGACUCCUACCACUCGUGCCACAGCUCAGUGAGCUACCACAAGGACUCACCGCGCUGGGACCAGGAUGAGGAGGAGCUGGACGAGGACUUAGAGGAGGAUCUGGAGGACUUCCUGGAGGAGGAGGAGGAGCUCCCUGAGGACGAAGAGGAGCUGGAGGAGGAGGAGGAGGUGCCAGAUGAAGUUGAGCUGGCACGGGGUGGCUACUCCGAGCGUGAGGGGCCACCUGUGUCUGAGCCCAAGGACUUCAAGCGUAUCAGCUUCCCAUUGUCCAUCCCUGAGAAGGAAGACAAGGCUCCAGCUGCACCUGCCAAGGCCCCUGAGGUGGCCAAGGUGGCCCCUAAGCCGACUGUGCCUGAGGAGAGGUCCCCAGCUGAGCAGACCACUGAGCUGGAGUCCUCCAAGGCAGAGGAGAGUUUCAGGACUCGGGAAGAUGAGGAAGGCCAGGAGGGUCAGGACUCUAUGCCCAGGGCCAAGGCCAACUGGCUUCGAAUCUUCAACAAGGUGCGGAUGCAGCUACAGGAGGCCCGGGGAGAAGGAGAGAUGUCAAAAUCCCUGUGGUUCAAAGGCGGCCCUGGUGGUGGCCUCAUCAUCAUUGACAGCAUGCCGGACAUCCGCAAGCGGAAGCCCAUUCCCCUCGUGAGCGACCUGGCCAUGUCCCUCGUCCAGUCCCGGAAAGCAGGCAUUACCUCUGCCUUGGCCUCCAGCACCUUGAACAACGAGGAGCUGAAAAACCACGUUUACAAGAAGACCCUGCAAGCCUUAAUCUACCCCAUCUCGUGCACGACACCGCACAACUUUGAGGUGUGGACGGCCACCACGCCCACCUACUGCUACGAGUGUGAGGGGCUGCUGUGGGGCAUCGCGCGACAGGGCAUGCGCUGCACUGAAUGCGGAGUCAAGUGCCACGAAAAGUGCCAGGACCUGCUCAACGCCGACUGCCUGCAGCGGGCGGCGGAGAAGAGCUCGAAGCACGGAGCGGAGGACCGCACGCAGAACAUCAUUAUGGUGCUCAAGGACCGCAUGAAGAUCCGGGAGCGCAACAAGCCCGAGAUCUUCGAGCUUAUUCAGGAGAUCUUUGCCGUGACCAAGACAGCGCACACGCAGCAGAUGAAGGCGGUCAAGCAGAGCGUGCUAGACGGCACGUCCAAAUGGUCGGCCAAGAUCAGCAUCACUGUGGUGUGUGCCCAGGGCUUGCAGGCAAAGGACAAGACAGGUUCCAGUGACCCCUACGUCACUGUCCAGGUCGGGAAGACCAAGAAACGGACGAAAACCAUCUAUGGAAACCUGAACCCUGUGUGGGAGGAGAAUUUCCAUUUCGAAUGUCACAAUUCCUCAGACCGCAUCAAAGUGCGAGUCUGGGACGAGGAUGAUGACAUCAAAUCCCGUGUGAAGCAGCGGUUCAAGAGGGAGUCUGAUGACUUCCUGGGGCAGACAAUCAUUGAGGUGCGGACACUCAGCGGCGAGAUGGACGUGUGGUACAACCUGGACAAGCGGACUGACAAGUCGGCUGUGUCGGGUGCCAUCCGUCUGCACAUCAGUGUGGAGAUCAAAGGCGAAGAGAAGGUGGCCCCCUACCAUGUCCAGUACACCUGUCUGCACGAGAACUUGUUCCACUUCGUGACGGACGUGCAGAACAACGGGGUCGUGAAGAUCCCUGAUGCCAAGGGUGAUGACGCCUGGAAGGUUUACUACGAUGAGACAGCCCAGGAGAUUGUGGAUGAGUUUGCCAUGCGCUACGGCGUUGAGUCCAUCUACCAAGCCAUGACCCACUUUGCCUGCCUCUCCUCCAAGUACAUGUGCCCUGGGGUGCCUGCUGUCAUGAGCACCCUGCUCGCCAACAUCAAUGCCUACUACGCACACACCACCGCCUCCACCAACGUGUCUGCCUCUGACCGCUUCGCUGCCUCCAACUUUGGGAAAGAGCGAUUUGUGAAACUCCUGGACCAGCUACAUAACUCACUGCGAAUCGACCUCUCCAUGUACCGGAAUAACUUCCCAGCCAGCAGCCCGGAGAGACUCCAGGACCUCAAAUCCACUGUGGACCUUCUCACCAGCAUCACUUUCUUUCGGAUGAAGGUGCAAGAACUUCAGAGCCCACCUCGAGCCAGCCAGGUGGUGAAGGAUUGUGUGAAAGCCUGCCUCAACUCUACUUAUGAGUACAUCUUCAAUAACUGUCAUGAACUCUACAGCCGGGAGUAUCAAACAGACCCGGCCAAGAAGGGGGAGGUUCCCCCAGAGGAACAGGGCCCCAGCAUCAAGAACCUUGACUUCUGGUCCAAGUUGAUCACCCUUAUAGUGUCCAUCAUUGAGGAAGACAAGAAUUCCUACACUCCCUGCCUCAACCAGUUUCCCCAGGAACUGAACGUGGGUAAAAUCAGUGCCGAAGUGAUGUGGAAUCUGUUUGCUCAGGACAUGAAGUAUGCCAUGGAAGAGCAUGACAAGCAUCGCCUAUGCAAGAGCGCCGACUACAUGAACCUCCACUUCAAGGUCAAGUGGCUCUACAAUGAGUAUGUGGCAGAACUUCCUGCCUUCAAGGACCGCGUGCCUGAGUACCCCGCGUGGUUUGAACCCUUUGUCAUCCAAUGGCUUGAUGAGAAUGAGGAGGUAUCCCGGGAUUUCCUGCAUGGGGCCCUGGAGCGAGACAAGAAGGAUGGGUUCCAGCAAACCUCGGAGCAUGCCCUGUUCUCUUGCUCCGUAGUGGAUGUCUUCUCCCAGCUCAACCAGAGCUUUGAGAUCAUCAAGAAACUUGAGUGUCCCGACCCCCAGAUUGUGGGGCAUUACAUGAGGCGCUUUGCCAAGACCAUCAGCAAUGUGCUUCUCCAGUAUGCAGACAUCAUCUCCAAGGACUUUGCCUCCUACUGCUCCAAGGAGAAGGAGAAAGUGCCCUGCAUCCUCAUGAACAACACUCAACAGCUACGAGUUCAGCUUGAAAAGAUGUUCGAAGCCAUGGGAGGGAAGGAGCUGGAUGCCGAGGCCAGUGACAUUUUGAAGGAGCUUCAGGUGAAACUCAACAAUGUCUUGGAUGAACUCAGCCGGGUGUUUGCUACCAGCUUCCAGCCGCACAUUGAGGAGUGUGUCAAGCAGAUGGGUGACAUCCUUAGCCAGGUGAAGGGCACAGGAAAUGUUCCAGCCAGUGCCUGCAGCAGCGUGGCCCAGGAUGCUGACAACGUGCUACAACCCAUCAUGGACCUGCUGGACAGCAACCUGACUCUCUUUGCCAAAAUUUGUGAGAAGACGGUGCUGAAGCGGGUGCUGAAGGAGUUAUGGAAGCUGGUCAUGAACACCAUGGAAAAGACCAUCGUUCUGCCACCCCUCACUGACCAAACGAUGAUCGGGACCCUCUUGAGAAAACAUGGCAAGGGAUUAGAAAAGGGCAGGGUGAAAUUGCCAAGCCACUCAGACGGAACCCAGAUGAUCUUUAAUGCAGCCAAGGAGCUGGGUCAACUGUCCAAACUCAAGGACCAUAUGGUGCGAGAAGAAGCCAAGAGCUUGACCCCAAAGCAGUGCGCCGUCGUUGAGCUGGCUCUGGACACCAUCAAGCAAUACUUCCACGCGGGUGGUGUGGGCCUCAAGAAGACCUUCCUGGAGAAGAGCCCGGACCUGCAGUCCCUGCGCUACGCCCUGUCCCUCUACACACAGGCCACCGAUCUGCUCAUCAAGACCUUCGUGCAGACGCAGGCGGCCCAGGGUUCAGGUGUGGAAGACCCUGUGGGUGAAGUCUCUGUCCACGUUGAGCUCUUCACUCAUCCUGGAACUGGAGAACAGAAAGUCACAGUAAAAGUGGUGGCUGCCAAUGACCUCAAGUGGCAGACUUCUGGCAUUUUCCGGCCAUUCAUUGAGGUCAACAUUAUUGGGCCCCAGCUCAGCGAUAAGAAGCGCAAGUUUGCCACCAAAUCCAAGAACAACAGUUGGGCCCCCAAGUACAACGAGAGCUUCCAGUUCACACUGAGCGCCGACGCGGGCCCCGAGUGCUACGAGCUGCAAGUGUGUGUCAAGGACUACUGCUUCGCGCGCGAGGACCGCACCGUGGGGCUGGCCGUGUUGCAGCUACGCGAGCUGGCCCAGCGCGGGAGCGCCGCCUGCUGGCUGCCGCUCGGCCGCCGCAUCCACAUGGACGACACCGGCCUCACGGUGCUGCGCAUCCUGUCGCAGCGCAGCAACGACGAAGUGGCCAAAGAGUUCGUCAAGCUCAAGUCCGACACGCGCUCCGCCGAGGAGGGCGGUGCUGCGCCUGCGCCCUAG